AUGACUGAGAAUAGCAUUAAUACUACAAAUGUUAAAAUAGUGGAGAAUAAGGAAACAAGUAAAUUGGAGAAAGUAAAUCUAUUACCAAGCUAUUAUGGUGAUAUGAAUCAAGUAUUAACAUUAGAAGAAGCAUUAAAGCAAUAUGAUCAAUUAAAGUUAAAGGAUACAAUUUCACCUAAAAGAAGCAUCAAAGAAUAUGCAGAUAAACUUAAAUUAUCAAGUAUAUCAGAAGUAAGUAACAAAAUAUAUGAAAUAAGCUCAAAAAAUGAUACAGACGCUGAUAAUGUAAUAGGGAUUUUUGCAUUAUCUCCUAGCAAUGUUAGCCAUUUACCACCAACAGAAAAAGAUGGUUUGGCAGGUCUGGCAAUACUUUCAAAUGCAUUAUCAAAUUUGGGUUUUACUGUAGUAAUUAUGACUGACUCAAUAAACCAACCAGUGAUUUCUCAGAUCUUGAGUAAUAGUGAAUUAUUUAAGCAUUAUGUAGAUAUCAAUCAAGAAAUAGGCUAUGCACCUAAAAAUUUGAAUUUAGAGAAAAGAAAAACAUAUGUAAUAGGUGUAGUCCCAGAUCCGGGUAUAGAUUCUGAAUGGGUAGAGUUUUUGGAUAAUAUUCAGAAAAAGUUUAGUCUAUUAAUGGUAUUGGGAAGACCAAGUAAAGAUUUGGAUACUGGAAUUUAUAGAAAUUCAAGAGGAUUAAGAAUGAACCAUUAUUGCUCAAAUUUGGAAGGGAUUUACAUGAAGAUUGUGCAGCAAGAUAAUAAGAUCCCAAUUUUUGCUUUUUCCGAUUCAUCAGAAAAUCAAUUAGGAGUAUAUCAAAAGGAUGAUAAAAGGAGUCAAUAUAAUGCUAAUCAUAUUAUUGUAUCACAUACCGUAGAUUGGGUUUGUUAUUACCUAUCUGCAGGUAUUGCUUUAAGAUUUAUUUCAAAUAUUAAAAAUUUAUAUGCAAAUAAUAACAGUAAUAAGGAAAAUAUUCAAGCUGUUGAGGAAAUUAAUGCAAAAAUGUUACAUGAUGCCUUUCAAUCUUUCUUCCCGGGUGAGGACACUUUUAUCUACUUAAAUGAAAAAAUCAAAGAACUUGAAGUAUGGGAUACCCAAUAUGGGAAUGAAAUCAAGAAAGGAUUAACCAUUGAAAAUGAUUGGGAAAUAAGAAUGAAAAUUAGAAGAAUUGUAUCACAGUUUGGAGUUUCUGUUGACUUUAAGCAUGUUUAA